AUGACUACAACAGGGAAUAUAAGCCUCUCGACGCAGCAUGUCUUUACCGACUCAGGUACUAGCUACCAAGUGAAUGUGUCGCUGUUGACGAACCCCAGAUUAUUCGACUUACCAGACACAUUUCCAGAGUUUGCCCGGUUCGCCCUGUAUCGAGCAACCCCCAAUUAUAACUUCAAGCCUGUCAACGACAACAUCACGGAAUGUUCUCUUUCCCUUGCUGCGUAUAAGUACACAGAUGCACAGUCAAACGGAACGAGCUUCGCCUUCCAGAACGCGCAAAAGAUUGAUUUGGGCGGCAGAGAGUCAUGGGGCGUCAGUGGCACUUUCUACGAAGAUCAGUUGUUCACCAACGAGUCUACGGCCGACCAUUUGCCCAAAUUCACAUUAUCUUGGGCCGAUUUCAAAGCGUUGCAAAAUUUCUUCGAAUCUGGGUCCAUUAUCACCGAGUGGGUCGACGGAAACUAUGAGAACAAAGAGCUUGGCGUGAGUGCUGCUUUGGCUGGUGAUGUAGAUGUUGGCAAGCGAUUUGAGCAGAUGGCAGUCAGUAUGACGGAUUAUCUGCGCUCAGGUCCGAACAUGCAGUUGGCACUGGGAGAGAGAAUUGAUAACGUACCCUUUGUGUCAAUUCGGUGGUGGUUCUUCGUCGACCCUGCCGCGAUUGAAGCUUUUGCCUUGUUGUUCGCCGUGUUGACCAUUUUCAGCAACCGGAAAAACAGCAGGGUCCCUCUCUGGAAAUCCUCUGCUCUUGCCGUCUUGGCAUGCGAGCAUGAGAAGAAGGCAGAAUUGCUCAUAACUACCGCCAAGGACAUCAAGGAGAUGGGAAAAUCGGCGGAAACAUCUUUCGUGAAGCUGGAGUAG